UAUUCCUUGCUACAGAUCCAGAAGUUUCGACUAUACUUAGAUCAAUCUUAUUAUUAUCUAUGACAAUUUCCAAUUUUCGAUAUUUCCACUUGACAGUGACUCAUUUUUAUCAUCAGACGCUUGUAUAUUUGUUUGAUUUGAAAGCUUUGAAGGCAGUGUUUUCUGCAGCCCAGUUAUGGCAGGUUAUCCCAAAAAUUCGAACCCAUUUUUAACGGAAGAAGAUGAUGAGGAUGAUUGGAGAUCCAACAGAGGAGGAAAGAUUCAGGAACAGAUAUCUGCUUCUGAGGAUAGACAGAUCGAUUCUACCAGGAGAAUAAUGCAAAGUAUUCAAGAUUCCGAACGAAUGGGGGUGGCUACAGCAGAAGAACUUCUGAGACAGGGAGAGCAAUUAGACAACAUUGAAAGAAAAACAGAUGAAAUAAAUGAAACAAUGACUGUCACACAGAAACAUUUAAAUUCCAUAAAAAGUGUGUUCGGUGGAGUGAAAAACUGGUGGACUUCCAAAAAGAAACCAGCUGAAUCCAGUGUUCCAGAGGCAAAGCCAAGUCGUUUACAGGAAACUGUAGAAAAGCACAAGGCCCAGGACUGUCGGGGGUUUUAUGAGGAGGAUAAUGAUUUAGAUCAGGAUUUUAUGAAAGGAGCAAGGACACAGUACAUCAAACCUGUUACUCACAGUGCAAGGGAGGAACAAGUUAAUGAAAACUUGGGUCAAAUCUCUGAUGGUUUGACAGCAUUAAAAGGUCUGGCACUGGGACUGGGUAAUGAAAUAGAGCGUCAGAACACCCAGCUGGAUCGUAUGGGGCCUAAAGUGGACAAAGCCAACACUCUCCUAGAGGGCCAGAAUAAACAAAUGAGAAACAUUCUCAGGAAGUGACCUUUGACCUCUGUUGAUCAGAAUAUUGGAUACUUGUUAAACACAACCAGUAAAUUCUGUGCCAAUUUAUAUCUUGUAUUUUAUAAGGAACAAAAAAGUGCAAUGAAAUAUCCAUUUUAACUAUAACUGAUUUGAGCUUUUAAUCAUAAACAUUUAAAAUACAUGUUUAUUUUUACAAAAUUCAACUGGAGUGAAAUCCUUUUACAUCUGUUAAAUCUUCGUGAUAUUUAUAAAUCUCGUUUAAAAUGUUGUCCCGUAUUUUAAUACUUCUGCUGAAGGGAAUUCAUACACCGGUAUUUAUUGCAGUCUGAAUCUCUAGUAUCUUUUUUGUUUACUGAACAUAUACAUUGUACAUGUAUUGUUACUACCCGGUAUAAGAGCAUGUUCCUAAUUAACAGCAUCAUGCUUUAUAGAUGCAGUGAUAAAUUACUUUUAAAUGAUUCUCCUUGUAGACAAAUGAGAUAUGUUACAAACAUGCGGAUGUAAAAAAAAAUUUCAAUAAUUGCAGCUAGGUCACUUUAUUUUUUUUGUGUGCUAGUUAUGGACUACAUGUGUUAUUUGUUGUAUGUUAUUUAACAGUGUGUGUUGCAUUAAUAUUGUCAUGUCUGUAUAUGGGUGGGGACACAAAAGAGCACUGUGUCGAUGAGUAUUCACUCCCAGUGAGUAUAAGAUUUUAUAUGAACAGGAAAUUGUGUAUAGCUUAUUUUUUACACAAAAGUUUGUUAUAAUAACUGAUAGAGGAAAAAACUAGGAUAUGAAGUUCUGAAAGUAGUUUUGACAGUAAAUCUUUGUAAAUAAGAGGUUCCUUUAUAUACAUGUAUAUAUAAUUUUAAGCACACGUGUAUCUGAAGGCAUGUUUGCGUAAUGUAUUAACCAGUUAUCAGCUUUGUAUUUACAUUUGUAUAAUUACAGCUUUGACCUUUGAAUACAUCCCACCAUGUACAUGUAGUAAUAUAUUUCCCCUACAUAAUGUACUAGACUCUGAAUGAAUUAGAGGGACUGUUAAUGUUAAAAAAGGAGGGGGGCUUUAUUGGAUAACCAAUGGCUGUGUCUUCAGUAUUUCAUUUUGUUACAAUGUACUUGUUUUUUUUUCUUUGUGUUUUUAAAUUUAUAUAAAAAUUUUGCAUCAUUCCAGAUUAAAUGCAUUUGUCAUUAAAAUAAAUCAUUUACGUUGAUUUCAUUCUGA